AAUCUAAAAUCUAUCAAUCUAAUGUCAUUUUCGUAUUUCGUUGAUUAUUGAACCGCGAUGACCAAGUGUACGUACAAAAGUCAGUAAUACGCAAAAAUGCAAAAUUUUCUCAACGUUUAAGCUACUGUCUCUAUAAAUAUCCUUAUAUCUAUUAAAUUCAACAUUAUAUUAAAUAUUUUGAUUUAUUGAGAAUUGUUAGAAGAGAUGUACAUUAUCAAGAAUUAUCCAAAUGUUUAAGAUAAUAAGAAAAAAAUAAAUAGUGACUUGUUAACACUAUAUACACAUUUAAUUUGAUUAUUGCAAGUAAUACUGAAGAAUCGCCACUAUGGAUCAAGUUGUACUUGUUGAAUUUGAGGACGCUACUGAUAAUUUGUAUCCAGCAUUAUUCCAGUGUUUUACUAUCAUUUUAUGCGGGUACAUAGCUGGACGUCUUAAUGUAGUGUCAGCAACAGAAUCAAAGGGCAUUGCCACAUUUGUGGGCACAUUUGCAUUGCCAUCUCUAAUAUUUCUGUCCCUUGCCCAAUUGGACUUCAGUACAGUUAAUUGGACCUUCCUUGGUGCAAUAUUACUUGCAAAGGGCUUAGUAUUCUUUGCUGUAAUGAUUGUUACUAUGCUGGUCUCUAAACCCUUGAAUUUGGGAAGAGCAGGAAUAUUUGCUAUAUUUUGCACACAAAGCAAUGAUUUUGCUUUGGGAUAUCCUAUCAUAAAUGCAUUAUACCAAAAAAGUCAUCCGGAAUAUGCUCUCUACUUGUACUUGAUGGCGCCAAUUUCACUGGCAAUUUUGAAUCCCAUUGCUUUUGUGUUAAUGGAGAUAAAUAAGCAAAGAGAACAGACACCAGCCAUAAUUAUAGAAGGUGAAUCAACAUGGUGUAUUUGUAGUAGGAAAUUGUUGAAGCAGAUUGCUAAAGGCAUAGCUUUCAAUCCUGUAGUAGUGAUGACAGUGCUGGGUAUUUUUGGUAAUGCUGCAUUUAAACACCAACUCUCCAUUUACAUUGAAGGACUUUUGGAGGUAUUUGGCCAAUCAUUUGCUGCAACUGCUCUGUUCUUGCUAGGGCUACGCAUGGUGGGACAGAUUCACAGACUGAGAGGACCUGCCCUCCUGUUGCCAUGUGUUCUGAUUAUGGUUAAAUUAAUCGUCCUGCCAGUGGUUAUGAGGGAAAGUGUAAGCGCCUUGAACGCUGGUGCCAACGAAUCUGAAACUCUAUCACUCUCUACUUACGCGUUCCUAUAUGGAACAAUACCGACCGCGCCCGCAGUGUUCGUAUUCUCGAACCUAUACCAACUAGAAAUCGACUUGAUGGCAUCCUCAAUGGUGAUAUGCACAUUCCUGUCAGCGCCCAUGAUGUUCAUGUCCGCACAAAUGAUAGCUAUUAACAAGGACUUUGCAGAGCAACUGAAGAAGUUUGGCUUCGACCUUUCCAUAGUAUCAUUAAUCGCAUCACUUUGGAUACUGUUUGUGUUCAUCGUGACGAAGAAAUAUAAACGAAUGCCGCAUCGACUGACCCUGUGCUUGAUCGUGUCGCAGCUACUUUUGGCUAUCAGUGUAGUAUGGGGCGGGCCCCUCACGAACUACACGCCGUCGUGGCAUGCUAGCGUGCAGCAAGCUCUGCGAAUAUUCAGCAUGUACUCCUGUCUACUGUGGACCUCUAUGCUCUCUGUUGGGCUUCUAAUGUUACAGAGCCGUGGACCAUGUUUCGUGGUGACACUUUGGCCGGUGUUAGGUUUUGUGGCAUGGGGCGCGCCUGUGGUGAUGGUCGUGGUGCUACUGGCGACCAAGGGUACCGGCGACUUGGACUGCAAGGCCACUGAUGCGAUACGACUCUGUUUACUUGUGUUCUGUAUUACAGUGACCAUCGGCUGCCUAAUCCUGUACAUAAGAUUCAGACGUCGCAGCGCACAGUUUGCGUCGCUCUCCGCCGACAUAGCCACCAACUCCAGUCCUCGUGAGGAGUCCACCAGUCUGAUUGAUAAUGCAGAACCAAGUUCGCAAACACAAUCUAUUGCCAACAAUAGCAAUGGUUGCUACGGAACCAUUACAUCGUCUCCGUCGCCGCACAGUCCAGGCAAGUCGGGAUGCUGUUCCGACGACCCUAACUGCGAGAACGGAUUGACUGCUUCACGCGACAUUGAAGAUAUUGCUGAUGCCAAGGACUGUGCGUGUCCACCGUCUCAGAAGCACCGCUGCACGGAGCCGGGAGCGUGUCAGUACCUGAACGAGCUGGAACGGGCGGCCGGCGCACUGGGCCUACUGCCGCCCGAGCAGACACGCGGCCGCGGCGGACAACUACUCAAACACACUGUGCUCAUUAUUGUGUACAGUCUUAGCAUGUUUAUUGGCAUUACCUACACGACUUGGCGCAUGAUGUUGAAGGAUGAGAGUGGAGUGUUCGUGGAGAUAGAGUUUCUGGACAUAGUGGCCAACUAUGGACAGGCACUGGUCAUGUUCAUACUGUUUGGACUCGAUCCGGAAGAAAUACUGAUACCUACUGUUCGAUUCUUGAAGACUAAAUGGUAUGGAGGAGACACAGUGGUUUUGCCAUCCAUAGAAGACCUAAGCUUUGAAACCAAACAUGUUUGUGAUCAGUUCAUCACACACCACCUUGAUCGCUGCAAAGAGGCUAUUGCUAAAGAUACUAGAUGGCGUAUGCGCACAUACCGUGGUGUAUUCAGAGGCUCAUGUCUGGUGCGCUGGCUUAUAAACUGCGGAUUAGCGAAAGAUGAACACGAAGCAGUGCAAUACGGCAGACAUUUACUCGACGGACGACUCAUAUCACACGUGAAUAACGCCCAUCAUUUCUCUAAUUCACCUCUGUUGUACACGUUCAAGUAAUCAUCUGAUUAUUAAGUAUUAAUAUCUAAAGGCAUCUCAUGCAUUAGACGGCCCCGACAACAAACCGUCCUCAACGACAAGAUAAAUAACUAAAACCAUAUAAACAUUUGAACAUAGCGCGUUUGGUUGUAAUUAUGAACUGAUUGCACACUGGGCAAUAACUAGUGACCAACAUACGUGAAGUAUGCUUACUUGACCGUCGUUUCAAGACUCCAAUUCACUAAGAUAGCGGCUACAACCACGACCAGUCGUGGUCGUCUAGUGUGCGAGGUGUCUAAAGCACAUGAAGUGUAGAGUAUUAUUUUUAUUAGGAGUCUCCAACACUUCAUUUGCUUUCCUACUGCUUGAAACACGACCAUGGAUAUGCCAAAACUGAUAUAUUAUAAUCCUACAUUUUACCAUUAUGUACUUAUACAAGUAUAAAUAAAUAUCCAAUUAUACUUUGAGAUUUCAGAUCUCAACAAAGUAUAAUUAUUGUGAUAGUGUCACAGACUCAUAAGUUACUAGAAAAACGUCUCAAAUUAAAUUAUAAUUUAUUUUAUCUAUAAUUAGGUGCUUUUUAAAUAUUGGUAUGAAUUUUUCUGGUGCUGAAGAUGACCAAAUAAUAAGUUGUUAAUAAUUUUAUUAUUUGUAAAGACACUACUAUUGUCCAUUUAGAUUUGUAGUUGUUUAGUUUAUCAUUUAUGUAUAUUUAGAUGCAUUUUGGCUAAUGGUUUCUAUUAUAUGAUCUCAUUAAGUAAAAAACUGAAUUUAGAUGUAAGCUUCAUCCAAAUUCUUAGGUUUACAACAACCAUACGGCUGCAUGAUGCAGCGAUUGUUGUAGGAAUAUCUGAAGUUUUAUUUAUUUGCGGUUAUCUAGACAUAGUUUAUAUCUCGUUUUAUCCAAAAAUCAGGAAACGGCAAACGGGUUUAGGCCACACUAUGAAAUCGGGACAUAUGUAAUUUGAAGAUCACCAGUCAAUCAAAAUAUAUUAUUAUUGAACUCCUUUGCAUUCCAACAGGGAAUACUUAUAAUAAAAAAUGAAAUAAUUUAAUUUUAUCCAAGCAACAGAUGGAUUUCUUGUUAUGAUCCUCAUAAUUACAUAGUGUUACAAAAUAGUAGUGUGGAGAUUUUAACUUUAACUAUUAAGAUCUUUUAUCAAGGAAUCUAUUGUCCUUAUAAAGUGCAGGACGACUUUUUAUCAAUUUAACUAUAUCUCAUUUCAAAUGAAUUUUAAACAUUUUAUUUUAUGAUAAAGUGUACAGACUGCUUUAUUGGUCGCACGGAGUCUUGUUGGGUCCAGUUUAUGGCGGCUGGCUCAGGUUUACAUGGACUAAUAUCAAUGUACAUGAAAACAUAAGUGUAAACUAAAGCUUUCUUGAUAUUAAAUGAACUCCUGAUUUGUUAUGCAGCCAGCAGUUUGUUUUGUGUCUGUGAUGACGCCAUGAACAAAUAGUGUUAUAGUAUGAAUUAGGUAAUCUUUAUUAUUUAUAAUAUGUACCUAUUUUGGGUUACUUUAGAUGCUAAUAGUAAAUGUGCGCAAAAAUAUUUGUGAUGUUCGGCUGUUAUUGUUUGCCCUUGUUAUAGUGUUAAGAGAAAUAUCGUAAAUUAUAAUCUUAAUGUUUAAGGAUAAUUAAAUGUAUUAUCGUAUUUAUAUUAUUAUAUUGUUGUAUUUUCUGAUUGAGCAUAAAAAAAUGUUAAAAAAAAUAUAUUUGUUGCAUUACA